GUGCCCUGACAGAAGUAUUUCCAUAAACAGCUGACGUUUUCACUCAAACGACAAUAAAAAACGAAAUUAUUUAUUGUUUCACAGUAUUUUUUGCAUUUAUUACAGAAAAUUAAGUAGUUCAUUGGCCACGAGAUAUAAAAUCAAAAUUCAAUAUGCAAAGAUAAAAGUUAUCAAGGCGAAAACAGAAACAAGUUCUCAACGCAUCGCAGUAAUAAGUUCUAGUCAGCGCUAAGCAGAAUCAUUGGAGCUGCUUUGCAUUAAUAUACAUUAAUAGAUUUUACCUAAAAUUAACCCAGUCAAGCCAUGAAUUAUGCGUGGAGCUAUUUUUUCGUGCUAAUAUGGUUGGCUUAUUUGAUAUCAUCUGGUGUUCUGCUUUUCUCGCGAGGUUUUCUUCUUUCACGUGUAUCCAAAACGGAUAUUAGCUCAUGUCAACGCCUAUCUUUAAAUGAAAGUGAUGAAUAUUUUUUAAGUGAGGAAAUUGUACAAGAAAUCUUCAAGGAUGUAAACGCUACUUCCAAUUUGUGUCUGCCGCAAAAGUCAAAAGUGAUUAUUUUGCUCAUUGAUGCACUAAAAUAUGAUUUCGGUGUCUAUAAGGAGAAUAUUUCAAAUCCACUUCCUUAUGAAAAUAAGCUGACAAUAAUGUACGAUUUGAUACAAAGUUCGCCCGAAAAUGCACACCUCAUGCAAUUUAAAGCCGAUCCACCAACAACCACUUUACAGCGCCUUAAAGGUCUUACAACCGGCAGUUUACCAACCUUUGUUGACAUGGGCUCGAAUUUCGCUUCUCCCGAAAUCAACGAAGAUAAUAUUAUUGAUCAGUUGGUCAGACAUAAUCUGCCCAUGGUAUUUUUGGGUGAUAGCACAUGGACAGAUCUGUAUCCUAGACGUUUUAGGCGUGCUUAUUCCUAUCCCAGCUUCGACAUAUUCGAUUUGGAUACAGUGGACAACAAAAUUGAACAGUUAUUGCCAAAAGAACUUGCAAAGGAUGACUGGCAGGUACUUAUUGCUCACUUUCUUGGAGUUGACCACUGUGGCCACAAACACGGACCUUUACAUGAAGAGAUGGCCCGUAAACUCAGUGAAAUGAACGAAGUCAUAAAAUCAGUUAUAGCAAAAAUGGAUGGUGAUACAACUUUACUUGUGAUGGGUGAUCAUGGCAUGACGGCAUCGGGCGAUCAUGGAGGCGAAACCGAAGAUGAAACUAAUGCAUUGUUAUUUGCCUAUACUAAAGGCAACAAAUUCAUCGGUAGCGAAUUUGGUUCUGAUAAUACAACUAUGCAGCAGAUCGACCUCGUACCCACCUUGGCCACAAUACUGGGUGUCCCCAUACCCUACUCAAAUUUGGGCUUAAUCAAUUUCAACAUCGUACCUGAUAUUAAAGUGCCGUACAUGAACAAAUUCCAGACACUUUUACUCCAUGCCUGGCAAAAUGCGCAACAGAUGUAUAAGUACUUCUUCAAUUAUGCUUUGGAGAACAAGCGUACAUUCAGCGUUGACGAAUUGGAGAAUAUGCAUAACGAAUAUGUCUUAUUCACUCAUCGCGUCAAGACGGUCUACAAUGAAGCGGGCUUCAAAUCGUUUAUUGGUGAUCUAAAUGCUAAUAUGCGACUAAUUCUCAACACGUGCCGUGAAAUUUGGGUGAAAUUCGAUGCUGUGCAAAUGUCCCAAGGACUCUUGUUUACGCUGCUGCCAAUAUUCUUUUCAUUUCUGGUAGUCAACAACUUAAAUGCCUUAGAGCUCUACCGUAUAUUCACACCGAAGGGAGUUACAUUUACGUAUCUCGUAAAUAUUGCGGCUGGUUUCUUUGGGUAUCGCUACUUCAAGAACUUCUCUUUCAAAUCGGAGGACCACGGCGUGAUAUUCUUUACCAACAUCGUCAGCGCAUUUAUUCUAAUUUUCCACGCCCUGCAAAAUUGGCGUACAAUUGCCAACAAUUGGUCGGCGGUGAAGCGUUUCGGCAAUAUGCCAACUCGAAUUAUUUUCAUAAUCGCCGUCAGUGUAUUCUUCUCCAACAGUUUUAUCAUACAGGAACCGAAAAUACUGUCAUAUCUACUAGUAGGAUCCAUUCUACUGCUGGCGUAUGAAAUCAUUCAGAAAUGUUUGCGUCUUGAACUGAAUAAGCGCUUCAAAUGGUCGCAAUUUUUACGUUCCACCAUCGCGCAAUUGCUACUGUUCAGCGUACUGGCGAUUAUUAUCGUUCGUUACACGUAUAUGCUCUUCCGUUGUAGAGAGGAACAGGGAAACUGCGUAGAUUUCUCAGGCAACUCUGACGGUUUCUCGAUAAAACGUCCAGCAACCGCCAAGACCUACAUUUUUGCAGUGGUCAUUAUAGUGCUGUACACAACGCUCUCCCGACUCUAUCUAAGGCACAGCGGUAGCUUAACCGGCGGUUCGCCCAAUGUAUGGCUCGCACGGUAUGGACCCACAAUAGCUUCGAUUUGUGCUGGCGGGCAUUUGUUGCUUGCCCAUAGUGCCGUGAAAAAUGUGAAGCGCACGCACAUCGAUGCCAUGGCGCUGGUAAUUUACGGCCUCAUGCUUGUGCAGAUAGUUGUGCUGUGCGUUUCGCCAUUGCUGACUUUCUACGUUCUGCCCAACUUUAGCACACCUAUUCAAAUUAGGCCGUGGGACAACGUCAUACCGCAGAUAUUCAAGAAGAUCAAGCGCAUGUAUGACGACGCAGAGGCUCGUGUGAAUCAGAUGGAUGCAAUGGUCUAUGGGCUGACCACCGUGUACUCCUCAGCCACUAUCGUGUUUGGACUGUUUCUCAGUAUGAUGCUGAUUGUACUACUCGAACCGCGUGCCACAAUUGGUAUGGUCGCGUGUAUAGCGAUUUCGGUUGUCAUCAUCUUGGUUCAUUCCACAUUGCGCUUUCGAACAGCGGCGAAUUUAGCAAAUUGCAUACAGCCAACAUUUACGGGUAUAGUCAGUUGGUUUUUAUUGGCACAUUUCUGCUUCUUUGCCACGUCUCAUCAAACCACCCUCUCGCAGAUUGAUUGGCGCGCUGCUUUCGUUGGUCGUACCAGUGGUCUUGGGAAGUCGCAUUUAAUUUCUGGAGUUCUAGUUAUAUUGAACACAUUCUGUGGACAAGUCUUCUUUUUUUGCAUGUACAAUCUGCUCAGUUUGUUAACAUUCUCACUUUGCGCACUUCAUCCGAAAUUCAUAAAAGGUACAACCGCUGCAAACACGAAUGCGAAUGGGACGCCCGCCACAUCAACGGUCGAAGGAAUUGGCUUGGACAUGAUGCGUGGCGAAUUUCUGCUGUAUGAAAAUGAAGGCACCUUCCUUGCCAGUUCAUUUAAACUCGCAGUACAGUUUUUAAUACUGCAAGGAAUUAAGGUGUUUUGUGCCAUGCUGGCUUGCACCAUUCACUGUCGUCAUCUGAUGGUGUGGAAGAUCUUUGCGCCGCGCUUCAUUUACGAGGGCAUUGGCACAUUUGUCAGCCUGACGGCUCUAAUUGUUGGAUAUUUCGUUAUUCUGCGCAUUAAUCGCGCUUUAGAGCGUUUAAUUUUCAAGGCGAACAACUUGAAAUUAGAUUAAAAUGCUUUGUUUUACAGUUGUAAUAUUAUUGUAGAUACUCGUUUUAUGAUUUUACCUGCCUUAUUCCCCAGCGACUUUGGCAGGCAUAAUUUGUGUUUUUGUGUUUGUAUACUUUACAAUAGUAUUGAUAUUUUGUAUUAAACUAAUUUAUUUGAAAGAAACCUACGUUACUGCAUUUGAUAUUUUAAAUAAAAAGCGAAAAAUUUUAAA